GGACGCCCGCACCGCAGUGUCGAGCAGGAGCCCGCCAUGCCCGGCCCGCGCCUAUCCCGCGCCGCCUGACAGCAUGGCCCACCCGACCGCCACCAUCACACGCAGCCACGCUCUGACGACGCGCAGGAGGCGGCGGGGGCGCAGGCUCGCGCGGCGCCAGCUGAUACCAUGGGCGGCGCGCACCAGCCCGCUACUCCAGGGCCCAGCUCACUCUUUAUAUUUGCCGACGAAAAUCCUAUUCGGAGGUACACAAAGUUCAUCAUCGAGUGGCCGCCCUUCGAGUACGCGGUGCUGCUUACCAUCAUCGCCAACUGCGUGGUGCUGGCGCUGGAGGAGCAUUUGCCCAACGGCGAUAAGACCAUCUUAGCACAGAAUCUGGAAAAGACCGAGGCGUACUUUUUAGGAAUAUUUUGUGUAGAAGCCUCGUUAAAAAUUUUAGCAUUAGGUUUUGUUUUACACAGGGGAUCUUAUCUUAGGAACGUUUGGAACAUCAUGGAUUUUUUCGUUGUAGUAACUGGUAUCAUCACGCAGCUGCCGAUCGCGCCAGCCGACGUCGACUUCAGGACCUUGCGUGCCAUUAGGGUGCUGAGGCCCCUUAAAUUAGUAUCGGGCGUUCCUAGUCUGCAAGUGGUACUGAAGUCUAUUAUAAAGGCGAUGGCGCCGUUGCUGCAGAUCGGCCUCUUGGUGCUUUUCGCGAUAGUCAUCUUCGCUAUCAUCGGCCUCGAGUUCUACUCAGGGGCGCUGCAUAAGACUUGUUAUAAUUUAGAAGAUAUUAGUGAAAUAGUUAACGAAGGCGAUAGUGCGACACCGUGCAACGCGGACAACGCGAGUCUGGCGCCGUUUGGCGCGAACGUGUGUGAGUACGAGAAGAGCACGUGCUUAGAGAAGUGGGAGGGGCCGAACAGGGGCAUCACGUCCUUCGACAACAUCGGCUUCGCUAUGCUCACUGUCUUCCAGUGCAUCACCAUGGAGGGCUGGACCGCCAUCCUCUAUUGGACGAAUGACGCGCUAGGUAGUGCGUUCAACUGGAUUUACUUUGUGCCUCUCAUAGUAUUGGGCUCAUUCUUUAUGCUCAACUUAGUUCUCGGUGUUCUUAGCGGUGAGUUCGCUAAAGAAAGAGAGAAAGUAGAAAAUAGACAAGAAUUUCUUAAAUUAAGAAGACAGCAGCAACUCGAGAGAGAACUCAAUGGUUACGUUGAGUGGAUAUGUAAAGCAGAGGAAGUAAUAUUAGCAGAAGAAAGAACAACAGAAGAAGAAAAGAUGCACAUAAUAGAAGCACGAAGAAGAGCAGCGGCCAAAAAGAAGUUAAAAAACCUUGGUAAAAGUAAAAGCACAGACACAGAAGAGGAAGAACAAGAUGAAGACUGCGGUGAUGACGGUUUUCUGAAAAGUAAAGCCCGAUCAGCUGGGAGAUUUGCAAACUUCUGGCGAGCCGAAAAGAGGUUUCGGUUCUGGAUCAGGCACACUGUAAAGACCCAGUGGUUCUACUGGUUCGUCAUUGUCUUGGUGCUCUUCAACACGAUAUGCGUCGCUGUAGAGCAUUACAGACAACCCAAGUGGUUGACUUCAUUUUUAUACUAUGCCGAAUUUGUGUUCCUGGGGUUGUUCAUGAUGGAGAUGUGGGUGAAGAUGUACGCGUUAGGACCGCGGAUUUACUUCGAGUCAUCAUUCAACCGGUUCGACUGCGUGGUCAUCUCUGGCUCCAUCUUUGAGGUCGUCUGGUCAGAAGUCAAGGGUGGCUCCUUCGGUCUAUCUGUCUUGAGAGCUCUAAGACUGCUGAGGAUAUUCAAGGUCACCAAGUACUGGUCAUCACUUCGGAACCUGGUGAUAUCUCUCCUCAACUCAAUGAGAUCCAUCAUCUCGCUGCUGUUCCUUCUCUUCUUGUUCAUUCUCAUCUUCGCACUACUCGGCAUGCAACUGUUCGGAGGACAGUUCAACUUCGAGGAUGGCACACCACCGACCAACUUCAACACCUUUCCUAUUGCGUUGCUUACUGUCUUCCAGAUCCUAACAGGUGAAGAUUGGAACGAAGUGAUGUAUGAUGGCAUCCAGUCUCAGGGCGGCAUCCAGAGAGGCAUGAUCUACUCGCUGUACUUUGUCAUCCUCGUCUUGUUUGGCAACUACACGCUGCUAAACGUGUUCCUUGCCAUCGCUGUCGACAACUUGGCUAAUGCCCAGGAAUUGACAGCGGCUGAAGAGGAACAAGUCGAGGAGGACAAGGAGAAACAGCUCCAAAACAAAAAGAAAGAAGAGGCCAAAAAAGAAGAUGAAGAUGAGGUACCAGAUGGACCAAAACCAAUGCUGCCAUAUUCGUCCAUGUUUAUUUUGUCACCUACUAAUCCAAUUAGGCGAGGCGCACACUGGGUUGUAAAUUUAAGAUAUUUUGAUUUUUUUAUCAUGGUAGUUAUAUGUAUGAGUUCUGCGGCUUUAGCGGCUGAAGACCCCGUAGUGGAAGAGAGUGACAGGAACAAGAUCCUGAACUACUUCGACUACGCGUUCACGGGCGUGUUCACCGUGGAGAUGUUGCUGAAGAUAGUGGAUCUUGGCAUCCUGUUCCACCCGGGCGCGUACUUACGCGACCUGUGGAACAUCAUGGAUGCCGCUGUCGUCAUAUGCGCCCUUGUCAGCUUCGGAUUUGAGAUCGGAGGCGUGAAAAAGGGCGCAGGGCAGAACCUGUCCACGAUAAAAUCGUUAAGAGUGUUACGAGUGCUCAGACCUUUGAAAACUAUAAAACGAGUUCCAAAGUUAAAAGCAGUGUUUGACUGUGUUGUGAACUCUUUGAAAAACGUCAUUAACAUUCUCAUUGUGUACAUAUUGUUUCAAUUCAUAUUCGCUGUAAUUGCAGUUCAACUUUUUAAUGGUAAAUUUUUUCACUGCAACGAUAUCAGUAAGAAUACUUUUGAAGACUGCCAAGGGUCGUAUUUCGUGUACGAGUCAAACAGCCUACUGCCGCGCGUCAGCCAGCGGACGUGGACGACGCAAUCCUUCCAUUACGACAAUGUCGCCGUGGCCAUGCUUACGCUGUUCGCGGUGCAGACCGGGGAGGGGUGGCCUCAAGUACUACAAAACUCAAUGGCCGCCACGUACGAAGACAGGGGACCCAUACAAAAUUUUCGAAUAGAAAUGUCCAUAUUUUAUAUAGUUUACUUCGUGGUGUUUCCUUUCUUCUUCGUUAACAUAUUCGUAGCUCUGAUUAUUAUUACAUUUCAAGAGCAGGGUGAAGCUGAAUUGCAGGAUGGUGAAAUAGAUAAGAAUCAGAAAUCGUGUAUAGACUUCACGAUAGAAGCGAGACCUCUCGAGAGGUAUAUGCCAAGCAAAAGGGCGAGUUUUAAGUACAAAGUGUGGAGAUUAGUCGUCUCUACACCUUUCGAAUACUUAAUCAUGACCCUUAUCGUCCUCAACACAUUAUUGCUCAUGAUGAAGUUUCACGAGGCUCCACCACUACUCAUGGACAUAUUAACAUUCAUGAACCUCGUCUUUACGACCUUCUUCCUUCUCGAGACCGUUUUGAAGCUGAUCGCCUUCGGGUGUACGAAUUUUUUCAAAGACCCUUGGAAUACAUUCGAUUUCAUAACGGUCAUUGGAAGUAUUAUUGACGCCCUCAUUAUGGAGUUUGGCGAGAACACAUUCAACGUCGGUUUCCUUCGCCUGUUCCGAGCCGCGCGACUGAUCAAGCUGCUCCGACAGGGUUAUACCAUUCGGAUACUCCUCUGGACAUUCGUGCAGAGUUUCAAAGCCUUACCCUACGUGUGCCUUCUCAUCGCGAUGCUAUUCUUCAUCUACGCCAUCAUCGGGAUGCAGGUGUUUGGCAAUAUAGAAUUAACACCAGAGUCUGACAUGAACAGACACAACAAUUUUCGAAGCUUCAUUCAAGCACUCAUGCUACUGUUCAGAUGCGCGACGGGUGAGUCGUGGCCAAACAUAAUGUUGGCUUGCCGCAAACCCGCCAAGUGCGACAUAGCAGCAGGAAAGGCCUCUAACGAAGAAUGUGGAAGUACGCUCGCCUACGCCUACUUCGUAUCUUUUAUAUUCUUCUGUUCGUUUCUUAUGUUGAAUUUGUUCGUUGCCGUAAUUAUGGAUAACUUUGACUACUUAACGAGGGACUCGUCCAUCCUCGGAGCACAUCAUCUUGAUGAAUUUGUUAGAAUAUGGGCAGAAUACGAUCCAAACGCCACGGGUAAGAUCCAUUAUACAGAAAUGUAUGAUAUGUUGAAGAAUAUGGAUCCACCUCUGGGGUUUGGUAACAAAUGUCCAAAUAGACUAGCAUAUAAGAAGCUUAUUAGAAUGAAUAUGCCGCUAGACGAUGAGGGGAAAGUUAAUUUUACAACAACACUAUUUGCCUUAAUACGAGAAAAUUUAAACAUCAAGAUGAGAUCUCCGGACGAGAUGGACCAAGCAGAUGAGGAAUUAAGGGAAACGAUAACCCACAUAUGGCCAUUACAAGCGAAGAAGAUGCUCGACUUGCUGGUGCCUCGAAACGAUGUACUCAACGCUGGGAAACUGACAGUUGGGAAGAUAUACGCUGGACUACUGAUCCUCGAGAGCUGGAGAUCGACAAGGUUCAAGCAGAAUGGUGUUCCGGCAUUCAACGAGAAUAGCCCUACGGCCAUUCAGCCGGUAUUGGAGCUGCAAGGAUCGCACCACGCCUCAAUGGAGUCAUUGGACGAGGGGCGGUUACAAGCACCUCACACAUACCAGAACGGUCACCAUGGAAGAUCAUCGAGUUUAAGACGGACACCAAGUCCAAGAAGACGAGGCCACUACGGAGGUUAUCAUCACGAUAUUGGAUUCUCCGACACCGUCAGCAACGUCGUCGAGAUAGUAAAGCACGAACAUCAAAGACACGGGCGAACGCAUAGAGCGCCCCACUACUACCACCCGCAUGGGAAGGAGUGGAGGGCGCCGCACCCCACGACCAGCCUGAGCCAGCCCUCGCGGUCGCCCAGCCCGCCACACCACACCUACGUUUGGGCCCCGAUAGGUGAACGGGAUCGGGAGCGGGACCGCGAGUGGCGGGAGUGGCGCGACCGGUCGUGGGAGCGCGAGGGCGCGCGGCGCGGCCGCGGCCGGCAGCUCCCUCCCACGCCCACCAAGCCGUCCACGCUACAGGUCAAGCAGCAGCCACCCUUCACCAGAAUCAGCCACAGCCCCUCGCACUUAUCGCUAAGGCACACGGUCAGAGAACCGUUAGAGCCUCAACACGAUGAGUACGAGUACGGCCGAGAAGUUGAAAGACUGAUACACCGAGAUUAUAGAUCUAGAGAAAGACGCGGCCGGGGCUACGACGCGGAGUGGGGCUCCGGGCGCGCGUACGAGGCGCCGCUGAGCUACGAGGCGGCGCUGGCGCUGGGGCGGGGCGGCGGCGCGCGCGCGCUGCCCUCGCCCGCGCCCGCGCCGCGCCUGCCCAACGGGUACAAGCCGCGCGCACGCCACUCCGACUCGGACGAGGACGACUGGUGCUAG